AUAUUUAAAUGGUGCGACCAGGAAACAAAGUAGUCGUAGUCAAAAUGUUUAGAAAACUUUGGCUGACAUCAUGUAGGCAAUUGCUUUAUUUGUCAAACUCGAGACAUUACAAAAGUAAUUUUGCCCGACGACGAUUUAUAAAAAUUCCAAAAUUUUAUUCAUAGUAAAACCAUGGAGAAGAACGCAAAGGACAUAAUCCCGGAAAAUUUCGAUUUCGAGGAGGAGAUCUCUCUCCUGAUGAUCGAACACAACCAGAUUGCUAUAGUUGAUCGGGAUGAACCCAUUUCGGAGGAAAGCGAUUUGGAUGACGACUCCGAUAGCCGCUUAUUUUCUACUUAUGAAGAGGACAGCUUGUUAAUAUAAUGGGGCAUUUCUCACAUUUGCACGUUGUUGCUUAUCAAUAACUCCCAAUAAAGUGCUGUACCAUA